AUGACGACAAACACCUCCCCUCACACAGCCUACAUAAAGAAAUGCCUCGCCUUAGCCGAGAAAUCACCACCGCGCCCAACAAAUUUCCGAGUCGGCGCCCUCCUACUCUCCCGCAAAGACAACGACCCAACCUUCACAGACGACCGCAUCCUCUCAACAGGGUACACAAUGGAACUAGCAGGCAACACACACGCCGAGCAAUGCUGUUUCUCAAACUACGCAGCCGUACACAACGUGCCAGACGACCAAGUCAGCACAGUUCUCCCCGCUGAGCCAGGCCGCAAGCUCAUCAUGAUGUUGACUGAGGCGGGGAUUGAGUGGGAACAUGUUUCUGGGUUGGAAAGGGAGAUUUUGACGGUUGCUACUGCUGGUCAUGAGAAUGGCGAGGAGGAGGUUCGGGCUGCUCUUGGUGAGAAGGGGACUGAUAUUGAUGAUAUUAGUCCCGAGGAGAGGAGGAGGCAGGAGGAGGCUCCGAGGAAUCCGAAGAAGAGGAUGAUGGAAGGGGAGAUUUCUCUCUAUUGA